AUGGGUUCGAACUAUAUCAACAAGGUCGCCAUCGUUGGGGCGGGCGGAAACAGUGGCAGCUUUAUAACCGAAGCCCUGAUCAAGACUGGCAAACACACCGUCACAGCUCUCACACGAGAGGGUAGCCAGAGCAAGCUUCCACCCGGCGUGAUCUCGAAGUUCAUCGACUACGGCAAGCCCGAAACAAUUGUCGAGGCGUUGAAAGGCCAGGAUGCACUGGUUAUCACACUACCGGGCCAGGUCCCAGAAGAUACGGAGCUGAAGCUCAUUAAUGCGGCUGGCAAGGCGGGUGUGAAAUGGAUUUUGCCUAAUGAGUGGUCUCCGGAUACAAUGAACGAGAGUUUGGUCAAGGAUGUCCCCAUUUUCCAGCCAAAAGUGGCGACCCGAAAGGCCAUCGCCGACCUUGGCAAGAGUGAUUAUAUCUGCGUGUCGACUGGCUUCUGGUAUGAAUGGAGUUUGGCUAUCCCUGCUGCUUAUGGCAUUGACUUGAUCAACCAUACCGCUACACUCUUCGAUGAGGGCGAGACCAAGAUCACAACCACGACCUGGCCCCAGGUCGGACGCGCUGUUGCCGGCAUCCUGAGUUUGCCUAUCAAGCCCGAGGGCUCCGACCAAAAGGCCUGUCUCGAGAAACUCAAGAACCAGGUUGUAUACACCAAGUCCUUCACCGUCAGCCAGAAAGAUAUGUUGGAGUCUGUCUUCCGGGUGACCGGUACCAAGGAAGCGGACUGGACCAUCACCAAAGAGUCAUCUCAUGAUCGGUAUACGAGUGGUCUUAAGGAGAUGCGGGAGGGCAGUGUAACUGGCUUUGUGAAGAUGCUAUAUACCCGGAUAUUUUAUCCGGAUGGCUCUGGUGACAUUGAGCAUAAGGGCACGAUCAAUGCCUUGCUCGAUUUGCCGAAGGAGGAUAUGGACGCCGCGACAAGAAGUGCGAUUGAGCGUGCCAAGACGAACCCCUGGAGCUAG